CAUAGGUUAUGUAUGUGGCACAUAUGGGAGAAAUUGAAGACAAAGGUUGGUCCUGUUUUGUCUGCAAACACUGAUUUUAAUACAAGAAUGACUCAUGUUGUUUGGAAUGAUACUAUUAGUCCAGAAGAUUUUGAAACUGAGUGGCAUUCAAUAAUGUCUACUUUUGGAUUGGAAAAUCAUGAGUGGUUAAAAGAUAUGUACGAUCUUCGAUUUGACUGGAUUCCUGCUUAUUACCAUGGAGAGGAUUUGGCUGGUCUUAUGCGUACUACUUCGAGAUGUGAAAGCGAGAAUUACUUCUUUGGUCAGAUUUGCAAUCCAAGAUGUACACUUGUUGAAUUUUUCACUCAUUUUGAGACUGCAAUGGAUAUUCAAAGGCAUGAGCAUAGGAGGAAUGAUCAUGAUACAAGGUAUAUUGAGUCUAAGCCCUGGAGUGACUUUGUAUUGGAGAAACAAGCAUCAGAAAUAUACACCAAAACAAUUUUUAAGGAUAUUCAGAUUGAAAUUGAUGCUGCCAUUACAAAGUGUAUGUCAAAGUCUCUUGAUAUUGUGGGUGAUGUUCAAUAUUUUGAAAUAAAGGAUUUCAGACAGCCAUGCACAUCUUUUUUGAAGGUGCAAUACAGCAAACAAGAAGAUGGAUUAACAAUAAGUUGUUCUUGCAAACGGUUUGAACAAUUUGGUAUAUUAUGCCGGCAUAUAUUUUACGUUUUACGGUAUGAUGAUAUAAAUGAGUUUCCUAGAAGAUAUGUUCAUAGAAGAUGGAUGAGAGAUGUUGUUUCUGUUGGAUCAAAUCAUUCAAAUAUUCGGUUUGAUGAAAUUGGUAGGAAUAGUGAAAUUGAUAAAGUUUAUAGAGAAAUCGUUGUUGCAAAUGAGUAUGUGGUUAAUAGGCUGGUUGGCGAUAUAGAUGAGUUGUGUCGUUACAGGGAUCAUAUUAAAAGUUAUAUUGAUAAAGCGGAUGAGGUUAUGGUUGCUGCGCCGCCUCCUAGUCGCAAAGAAAGAUUUGCUGAAAUUGGAGGGAACAUAGAAAAAUCAGAUUCUAUUAUUCGUGUGCCGAUCAAAACAAGGACCAAAGGAUGCGGUGUACAAAAAAGGAUCAAGUCAAAUCGUGAGAUUGCAAUUCAGAAAUCAUCAAAGAUCCAGAAAUCGUGCCGUGUAUGUGGUGAAAAAGGACAUAACAGUCGCACAUGUAAAGAUAAGGUUUCUUCUAAUGCUAUAGGUUCUAGCAAUGCAAUGUAAUUAU